CGGAAGCGGAAGUGUGAUAAGAAUGAUGAUGCACUAAGCUGUCAGUUACAUUUGUUUGCAUCAGACUUUAUUUUUACUUCUUGCUAAAAGCCACGUACCGGCUUACAGUGAGGCAUUUCGGACCAUCUUACUCGAGGAUAAAGAAGAGAUUUUCCAUCAUAACCGGAGAAAUGAGGAGCUCAGGAGUUUUAUAUCUGCAACUUUUGCUGUUGAUUGUACCUCACAUCAGCUGCUGGAAUGAUGAUGCUGUGUUACUGCGCGAUGUUCAGGUGCUCACCCUCUACAGAGGACGCUACACCACUGCACGUCGCUCCAGCCCCGUUCUACAGCUGCAGUGUGCUGGAGGGUCAGCUGGCUGUGGAUCAUAUGUCCCAGAGGUGGUGCAGUGUUACAACAGAGGAUCAGAUGGCAUAGACACACAGUGGGAAUGCAAGGCUGACAUGGACAACUUGUACAGGUUUGGGCGUGUGGAGGUCUCCUGUGAGGGCUAUAACAGUCCUACUGAUGCCUAUGUGCUGAGAGGCUCAUGCGGUCUGGAGUACACGCUAGAGCUCACGGCAGAAGGGAAGCAGCAGCACACUCAUGGCUCCGGGGGCUCGUCCGGCUUCUCAGGCUUUGCCUCUAACUUCUUCCAAGGCUUUUCCAAUCAAAAACAGCAGCAGAGAGGAGGCCCCUAUCAGCAAUCCGACAGCCAGUAUUCCUUCCAAAACAGCCCCUCUGGUGAUGGAGUGGGUGGGCUUAUAGCAAUAGCCUUCCUUUUGUUGGUGGCAUAUGCUGUAUACAAGAUGUUUCUGUGCAGUCCUUCUCACGGCCACCAAGGUUACAAUGGAGAUGGGACUCAGGGAUUUGGUGGGGCCUUUGAUAACAGCCAAGGCAUGGGACCGCCACCUCCUGGAUUUAAACCAGAUUAUUACUCAGAAGACCACUCCAGCUCAAGGCCCGGGUACGGCUUUUCCGAUGCGUACACCAGACCUCAGAGUUCCUGGACCGGUUUCACUGGUGGAAACAGACCUGGUGGGGGCGGAUUCUGGACUGGAAUGGGCACAGGUGGAAUUCUGGGAUAUUUGUUUGGGAAUCAGAGACGCCAGCCACCAAUGGGGUAUACAAGACCAUCUUAUUCCAGCAAUCCUUCUCCAGCACCAAAAACAAGCUCAGGAACACGAACCGCCUCAGGUUUUGGAGGAACUAAAAGAAGAUAGAUGAGAUUAUGAGCAUCUACUCUCACAGCCUCAGUUCUCAGAUUGGAAAUGAUAAACGGGCACAUUACAACGAAUUACAACUUUUUCUUCAUACUACUGUUCAUUCAUUACCCGGACGUUGCUAGACUAAAUGUAGCUCGUUAUUGAUCUUGAUUGGUGUGUUGCUGUUCUUUUUUCAUACUGGAUUUAACUAUGGAUAUAAUACACCACCGAAAAAAAAUGAUCCUAUUGUUUAUCAUGCAUUUAUUGCAAUUUUGUUUUCUCAAAAGAAAAUUUGAAUGUUUUAAUAAAAGUCUUUAUUUUCUAUAUAAAUAUAUUUCUGUAAAUAUUUAAAGUCAACAUUAAAUCGAAAUGAACUCUGUUUACUUAAUUCAAGUACUUGGCCUUAUUCUGCAACGAUUCAAUAUUAUUCCAAAGAAAUUAUAUUAAAGCCUUUUAAUAUAAUGCAUCCUUGAAAAAAAAGUCAUCAGAUACAGUCCUGGCUCCAUUCUGGCAUAGAAAAUCGUAGAUAAUAAAAUAAGUGCCUGCAUAGUUUCUCAUUGAAAAUUCUGUUUAAUGGAAAAAUAUUGAAGUAAAAUUUGUUGCAAAUGACAUGUAAUGUUGACUUUAUAUCUUUAUAUAAAAAGAGAUGUAUCAAAAUCAUGUAAAAUAUUCUAGGUUUUUUUGUGAGCGUGUUUGAGAUUAGCUGUUACUAGACAUACUGUGAUGAAGUGCUUUGGCCACUGGCUAUUGUGAAAACAUGCAAACUGAUACGUUAAGGCAUAAGAUGUCAAUUUGCUUACUCUAUUACUCAUUGCCUUUAUAUUAAAAUUCUGAUUUGGAAAA